GUUUUGAAAUGGCUGAAGCCAAUCAAAGCAUAUUUUCAAAUAGACAUAUAAUGGUAACUCAAGAUGCAACUGAUUUAGAAGUAAUUCAAAAUGGAGAUAAUACAGAAGAAGUUGCUAAUUGUAGUAUUAGAUGUGAAACUAAAUAUGAAUCAUUUUCAAAAGUAUGUUUUAAAAUUAGUUGGAACAAAGGAUGUACAGAAUGGAAUACUUAUAGUACAAAAACUUCCUCAGCAGCUGUCAGUUCAUUUUUACAGAUGAUUGGUUGGAAAAAGUGUUCUAGACUUUCUGGACCUCAAGUAUUUGGUUUUGAUAUUAAACCAUUACAUGAUGCUCAUUUACAAGUUGAUUUUAGCUUUUUAAACAACAACAAUAAAACUAAAAGAAAAAAACCUCUUGAUGAAAUUACUUCUAAUUCUCAACAAAACAAAUGA